ACAAAAAAUGGAAGGUAAAUCAACAGAUGUGCAUUUAAGGGCUAUGCUGAAUAGCCCUGCGAGAUUCACGCCUGCAGUGCCCACCCCUGACUGGAAUUUAACCCCGACUCAACCACAAACACCGCAACCAUCUGCAACCAAUCCUGGCCCCACAAAUCCUUCAAUUGUCGUUGCGACGCCAGGUUCAGCGCUUGGAGAACCUCACACAAACAUAACCUUGCAAAAUUGUGUGGCUACAGUCGAUUUACACACUACAUUGGAUUUACAGCUGGUAAAUGCAAGGACAAGGAAUACGGAAUACAACCCAUCAAGAUUUCACGGAGUGAUAAUGAGAAUAAGAGACCCAAGAACAACCGCACUAAUUUUUAAAACCGGAAAAAUUGUGUGCACAGGAGCAAGAAACGAACACGAUGCAUUGCUGGCUUCGAAAAAGUUUGCCAGGAUCAUACAAAAGUUGGGAUUUAAUAUUCAAUUUGCCAAUUUUAAAGUUCAAAAUUUGGUGGCCACUUGUGAUCUGAGAUUCCCAAUCAAGUUGGAGAAUUUAAAUCAAAUGCAUGGACAAUUCAGCAGUUAUGAACCUGAAUUGUUCCCUGGAUUAGUAUACAGGAUGAUCAAACCUAGAAUAGUGCUUCUGAUUUUUGUAAAUGGAAAAAUCGUUUUUACUGGAGCCAAAUCAAGACAGGAAAUUAAGGAUUCUUUAGACAACAUUUAUCCCAUACUAAGAAGUUUCAGAAAAAAUUAACUUUUUUAAUAAAAUCGUUAUCACCAACAUCUUUUUUAUACUUGUAAUGUAAACUGCAUUUUAAAACAUGGAAAUCCCUUUUUAUUUUUUCUCAAAAUUGCAAAGAAAUAAUUUUGGGAAAUCUGGGGCAUUUUUUAGGUUUUGGAAGCAGUGGAAUUGUUUUUAAUUUAUUAUGCAUCAUGUUUGAAUUUUUUAUACUGUACUGAUUAAGCAAUAAAUUGUUAUCAAUA